GGUCACCCCGGUUCUGGCGAGCGUGAGGCGCCAGCUCUUGCAGGACGCGGCGGAGCGCCGGGGCCUGCGGGCGGAGGCUGAGGCCUUGCAGCGGCGGGCCGAGCAGGUAGCCAUGCAGGUUGAGGACGAUCAGACCUGGCAGCUCCAGGAGCAGGAGCGCUGUGAGAAGGUGGCGCUGAGGCGCCAGCAGCAGCUGGAGGCCUUGUUGACCCAGGCGAAGGGUUUCCAGAGACAGCGGCUACAAAUGGAGGCGCAGUGCCGGCAACUCGAGGUGGAGGCCCCCGUCCAGCAGGACGACCCGUGGCUUCAAGAGCAGGCGCAGCUGGAGGCGGAGCUGGACGCCCUGAACCAGCAGGUGGAGGAGCUGGAGGCCAACCUGGCAGGGCUUCUGGAGCCCAAGCAGCUGGCGCAGGAGCACUUGGAUCAGCUGUCGCGGUGCCUGGGGGAGCUCAAGCCGGACCUGGAGAAGAAGGAGAACUUGCGGUUCAGCACCCAGCGCCUGGAGGCCGAGAUGGAGGAUCUCGAGAAGGAGAUCUAUGAGCGGGCACGGAAGAAGCGGAGCCGCGCGAGCAAGUCAUCGAAGUCGAAGCCUUUGUUGCCAGCGCUGCGGUGAGAGCCUGUUGUGAGGAUGACAUGACGUUUGAGUGGCUCCUCGGCUUCGCCUUGAGCCGCUUUCUGACUCGGGCAUUCAGCUUGGUGUUUUGAUGUCAGCUUCAGACCUGUGAAGCAAACUCGUUCUUGACUCCCUGACAUGGGGAUGGUCUGUGGCAUAGCCACGGCUUUUCAGGUUUCUCGUAUCCGGGCGGCCUCGCGGAACUGCGAGCUUUCUGCCUGACUCCCUUUCCGGUGUUUCGCGUGGAAUUCGGGGCUGGGGAAAGGGCGCUGAGGGCGAGCAGAUGUGAAGGAAACCUUGGGCUGCUUGUGGUGGGCAACCAAAGAGUUUUGACCAAAUCUGUGCUUGCUCAUUGACCUGCUUUCAGUCAGUUCCGGACAUGACUUGGGGACAUGGACAGGACAUUGCAGCACCGCAGGUGGAUGGGCACCGUGCAUGCAAAAGGCAUGGUUGCCCGUUUCGGAAACUGCUCAAGCAUUAGCA